AUGCACAUUGAAAAAAUUAUCGGUCUCUGGGUAAGAGUAAUCAAAUAUAAUUCCAAACCAGGGUCCACUCAAUGCUAUAAUUGCCAGCGCUAUAAUCAUACGCAGCGAGCGUGUCAUAAUGAACCUCGCUGUGUACGCUGUGCACAAAAUCAUAGAUCUCAUCUCUGUCCUUUUAAGGGCACUCAAAAUUAUGAUGCUGUAUGUGCCCUUUGUCAUGGACCGCAUCCAGCAUCUUCCAUAACUUGCCCCAGAAGACCAGGAAAUAAUCAACAAAAUAGCACUAAUACUGCAAAUCCUAUCACUAUCAACUAUUCUGCUAUGAAAAAUAUUGAAGCAAAUCCUACUCGAUCAAAUAACCAGGUCAAUGCACCUCAAACAGAAAAUAAACCACGUGAUUCAACGGACCAAUCAGGAAAUGUCAACACAUAUUCAGCUGCUCUAAAGAAAACAACUAAACAGCAGCAAAAUAAGCAGAAUAAUAAUCCCACUCCUAAAAAUAAUGAAUGCAAUAGACCAACAGGCACCCGUGAACGCACGGAAGAAAAUCUAAAUCAAUUUAUAAUGUUUAUGUCGUCUAUUUACGAAUUAUAUGAUGAUUUUUGCAAAGCAUCUAAUACUACCGAAAAAAUGAUGGUUGCUUUCGAAGCAUUAAAGAUAUAUGAUUCUAUCAAUCAAGAUCAAUAA